UGACGGCGAAUCGCCGUCUGCUAGAGUUCAGGCAUCUCCGCCUCGCGUCUAAAGUCUCAAGUCUCAAGUCUCAACUAUCAACUCUCAGUCUCUCACAGACCAUCUGUGCUCGGCGGCCGACGGUGGUGCUCAAUUCUAGGGGAAUGGCGACGUCGUCCUCCAUCUUCAGAUUUGAAGUUCAUGCCUGCCGCGGCGACUCUCAAUCCCUUCCAGGUAGAAAAUGUAAAUACGCCGGCCAAUCAGUGAGAGCUCUACCGGUGCGAAUCAUCACAGUGGGGAAGAAGAGGAAUUCCGGCGUGCAGUUGCUAGUAGAUGAGUACAUCGGCAAGCUCAAACACUAUUGCACCGUGGCUGACGUUCAAAUCCGCUCCAACCCCAGGAAUGCGCGCGAUACGAGGGCUCAGGUUGAAGACGAAGAUAUGGCGGUGAUGAACAUUAUCAACUCUGAUGAUUGGGUAGUGGUGUUGGAUGAGCGUGGAAAGGAUCUUGAUUCAGAGCAGAUGGCUGAGUUAGUUGGAGAUGCAGGCAAUAGUGGAGCUUCAAGGUUGUCAUUCUGCGUCGGCGGACCAUACGGUCAUGGGCAAGCGUUGAGGAAACGGGCUGAUGUAACAAUCAAACUGUCAUCAAUGGUUUUGAAUCAUCAGAUUGCAUUGCUAGUGCUCGUGGAGCAACUUUAUCGGUCAUGGACCAUUCUGAAGGGACAAAAAUAUCACCACUAAAUGAGUUAAUCAUUGUAGCAUCAGAUGCUGAUGAUGAGGUCUG